UCUGCAAUCAGCAGCGCGUGGGAAGAGAUGACAUUCCGUGGGUGUUUUUGUCUCGUGAUGAGCAAGAGAGAGCACGUUUGAGUGCAGCUCAACAUUCCUUUGUUCUGGCCCCAGUUUGAGCAAGUUCUUGACUGCACUCGUUGUUCAAGUGGCCAGGAUCGCCGGACUCCGACGAGGCCACAUUACAAUACGCGGAACGCAAAUUUUGGGGCGGCCAGAAAGCAACCAGAGACCUCGCAGGUGGUCGAAAAGAGCUGUGAAGUAAUCAACAAGUACGCAAGAGUCCAACACCACGACACGUCCGAGAAAGUGGUCCCGACCUGCGACUGAACAAAGACAUUCUUGCAACCGACCACCUCAACACCGCCCACCAUGGACCACAGCAUGCAUGGCUCCAUGGACGGCAACAGCACCGACUCCGGGAUGACAAUGAUGGGCAUGGACCACAUGCUCAUGACCUUCUUCACCAGCACCACCACCGCUCUGUAUUCCAACACCUGGCAACCCUCGACCUCAGGACAAUAUGUCGGAACCUGCAUCUUCCUCAUCGCACUCGCUGCCAUCUUCCGCGGUAUUGUGGCUCUCCGAUCCAAUUUCCCCGCUCUGCUCGCCUUGUGGGCGCAUCGACGAGACACGGACAUCCUGCGUUCGGAAGCUGGCGGCGAUGAUGGAAAAUUGUUGCUCUAUGGGUUCGCGAGUAGGAGGCCCUGGAACAUCAAUGAGGCGUUGGCGCGGGCGUUGCUCGAUACUGUGCUGGCCGGCGUGAGCUAUCUUCUGAUGUUGGCUGUCAUGACAAUGAAUGUCGGCUACUUUCUGGCGAUACUCGGUGGAACAUUCUUGGGAAGUUUCGUGAUAGGCGAUUGGCAACCGGGUGCUGACCACUGUGACGGGCACUGAGGGCGAACAGCACAAGCUGUGAUCAGGUGGCCCAGCACUAGGCAGCGAGGUGUUUCCACGAUAUACGACGUAAUGAUACUGGCUCAACAGAGAUGGGUCAGGAAUAUUUUGGUUCUUGCCAUGGUCGUUGCCGCUGAUGGAAUUUUCAAUAACGCAGAAGUCGUGCAGUCUUUGUGCAACGAUGGACUGGAUGCAACAGGUUGACUUGCUCGUUCGCUUCACUUUGGCUCGCUCUUCCCUAUUCCGCGGUACUUGCCAUGUGGACUGUCGACCACGGCUGCUACGCAUCUGGCUUCGUCUCAUGCUGUUCAUGAGAGCCUGCCUGUGAGCCCGCCCUAGCUCCACCGAAGACUGCUCACUUCUCUUGCUAGACGUGGCUCGAGAAUAUAUGACAGCUUUGUCCCGCAGACAACUAGUUUUUGCGUGCCUAGUGGACGCUAUGACAAGCGUGGCUCUGACGGUGCUGCUGCAAUCCCGGACCGGGCAAGGAGAUGAUGAGAUGAGCCAGAGACGAGUGAGGAUGCCUAGAAUUUCUGGGAUGUGACACAGACAUUCAUACAUCACCGUGAUCGUCGCGUUCGGCAUAGCUGUCCUGAGUGAUGCCAUUAGCGCUACGCACAGCUACUAU